AUGGCAACCCCGGAUUUAGACACCAACCAAUGGUACCAAAUCUACCUAGGUGAAGACAAGAAUGGACAGUCGCUCGUUGGAACGAGUUUGUACACGGGAAGUGGCACCAAAGGCGCCGUCUUUCUGAGUCCUUCAAACACAACCGAGCCGGUGCAGAACUGGCAAAUCUUUCCCGUUACCGUCAACGAUACAACCGCCUACACUUUGCGCAGUAAAGAUAGCGGACCCAACGGCUUCCUUGGUGCGCAAUAUACUCCAGAGGAAGCAACAGAAGGCAAGACGCGCCCGGCCAUGUUUCGAGGCGACGUUGCGAACAACAAUGUGUACUGGUCUUUCGGCAGCUGGGGAGACGGGACAUGGUUCUUGACCUGUGCAGCGAAUGGAUCAGAUUAUCGCAUGAACAAGAAGAACAACGGCAUCAUGGCCAUGAGCCCGAAUCUUACCGCACCUCAGAAUGGACAGAGAUACAGCUUCGCGCCCAUUGCUAAGAUUGAUGAUGUAAAGUACUCGAGCGUUAAUGUAAGCUGA